AUGGAGCCAAGUUGUAUAUUUAUUGUCCUCGUCUGCCCAGCACUGCUCAUUACCCAAUGUCAAACUCACACCAUCGAGCUCAAUUUACAAAUAAACUUCCCCAAUCCCUUCAAGAAGACGCACUUGGACUAUUCGACUCCCACAAACGCCCAAGAGUUCCAAGGGAGUAGUGAGGAUGAGUCCAACUAUCCCAGUCACCCGCAAGUUGACGGGCGAUUGAAGAAAGUUUCCACUAGCGAGGCCGAAGAACAAUGCAAAGUUGUAAUAGACGCAGAAUACACUCCGAAGAAGUUGAAGAACAUGGCAGGCUUGGAGCGCGCGAUUGUAAACCACGUGGGGUUUCUUCAGGUGAUUUACAGGGAAUCGUGCCAAAGUGGCCGGGGAAGAAAAUGCGGAAACAAACUGGCAAUCUUCGGCUUUACUCCUGCAUGCGUUCAGGAAUACAGACCGGUAAAGUUGCUGAUCCAGAACAGCAACAUCCAGGAUGGUGGCACUUCAACGGACUGGUUCUGGAUCGAAUCCUUUUGCACGUGUAAAGGGCUCAAGUGGAACAAGUGGGGAAAUAAUGAGCGGUAUUUUAAGCCUGAAUAA